UUCAGCGCAGGAGGCUGCUGCGAGCCAGGGGCUGGUGCAGACUCUGCAGCACUGGCUUGCGAUGGGACACCUGUGGCUCUCGGGGACCUGGUUUCUCUUGGGGCUGUUUCGAUAUGCAGCAGAUUCCAGCACGGAUGGCCCGGAGACAAUUCCCAAAGUGACAGAAGUUGUACCUAAAUACGGCAGUAUAAAUGGAGCGACAAGACUGACUAUCAAAGGAGAAGGUUUUUCUCAAGCAAAUCAGUUCAACUAUGGAGCUGACAAUACUGAAUUGGGAAACCAUGUGCAAUUAGUUUCUUCUUUCCAGUCAAUUACUUGUGAUGUGGAGAAAGAUUCAAGUCAUUCAACUCAUAUUACAUGCUAUACUAGAGCAAUGCCAGAAGAUACCUACACCGUUCGAGUCAGUGUGGAUGGGGUGCCUAUUGCAGAAAAUAACACUUGCAAAGGACUCACCAGCAGCUGGGCAUGCAGCUUCAGUGCAAGAAGUUUUAGAACCCCAACAAUAAGGAGCAUCACACCUCUAUCUGGGACUCCAGGUACAUUAAUAACAAUUCAAGGCAAGCUCUUCACUGACGUCUAUGGAAGUAAUACUGCAUUGAGCUCAAAUGGAAGAAAUGUUAGGAUUCUGAGAAUUUAUAUUGGAGGAAUGCCCUGUGAACUCCUCAUACCACAUUCUGAUGACUUGUAUGGUCUAAAACUCGAUCAUCCCAAUGGAGACGCAGGGUCUGCGACUUGUAAGACAACCGGGACUUACAUUGGUCAUCACAAUGUCAGCUUCAUCUUAGAUAGUGAUUAUGGAAGGAGUUUCCCAGAGAAAAUGACGUAUUUUGUGUCAUCUCUCAAUAAAAUUUCAAUGUUUCAAACAUAUGCAGAGGUCACGAUGAUUUCCCCUUCAAAAGGCAGCCUUGCGGGCGGCACCACGCUGACAGUCCACGGACGCUUCUUUGAUCAGACCGAUCUCCCAGCGAGAGUUCUAGUUGGAGGUCAAUCCUGUGAUAUUUUGAAUGUCACAGAAAAUAGUAUAUACUGCAAGACUCCUCCCAAGCCUAAGAUCCUCAAAACCAUGUAUUCAGGUGGAAGAGGCCUAAAGAUGGAGGUCUGGAAUAACAGCCGGCCAGUACAUCUAGAAGAGAUACUUGAAUACAAUGAACAUACCCCAGGGUACCUGGGUGCCAGUUGGAUAGAUUCUGCUUCCUAUGUUUGGCCCGUGGAACAAGACACAUUUGUUGCACGCUUCAGUGGAUUUUUGAUGCCUCCAGAUUCUGAUGUUUAUAGAUUUUAUAUUAGAGGUGAUGACCGCUAUGCUAUUUAUUUCAGCCAGACUGGACACCCAGAGGACAAGGUGAAGAUUGCAUAUCACUCUGCCAAUGCCAACAGUUAUUUUUCAAGUUCAACACAGAGAUCUGAUGAGAUGCAUCUUCAGAAAGGAAAAGCAUAUUACAUUGAAAUCUUGCUGCAAGAGUAUAGCUUGAGUGCAUUUGUUGAUGUUGGACUGUACCAAUAUAAGAAUGUCUUCACUGAACAGCAGACCGGAGAUGCAGUAGAUGAAGAACAAGUCAUCAAGUCUCAGUCAACAGUCAUUCCGGAAGUACAGAUUAUAACAUUGGAAAACUGGGAGACAACUAAUGCUACUAAUGAAGUUCAGCAGGUUGCAGUAACCAGCCCAUGUAUGGGAACUAACUCAUGUUCACUUUCCCAAUACAGACUCAUCUACAACAUGGAAAAGACCGUCUGGCUGCCUGCUGAUGCUUCUGACUUCAUGUUGCAAUCAGCUUUAAAUGACCUUUGGUCUAUAAAACCAGAUUCAGUUCAAGUGACCAGCAAGAGGGAUCUCCAGAGCUAUAUCUACACAAUAACCUUUGUAUCAGCAAGAGGAGACUUUGAUCUGCUUGGUUAUGAAGUAUUUGAAGGGAAUAAUAUCACGCUGGAUAUCACAGAGCAAACCAGAGGAAAACCCAGUUUGGAGACGUUCACAUUAAACUGGGAUGGCGUUGCUUCUAAGCCCCUUGGCCCAGAGUCGUCGGAAGCUGAAUUUCAGGUAGCUGUGGAAGAGAUGGUGAGUGCCAAGUGUCCACCAGAAAUCUCACAUCUGGAAGAAGGAUUUCUUGUAAAAUACUUCAGAGACUACGAAACUGAUUUUGAACUGGAACAUAUUAAUAGAGGGCAGAAGACAACUGAGACGGAUGCUUACUGUGGCCGUUACUCCCUGAAAAACCCAGCUGUUCUUUUUGAUUCAGCAGAUGUUAAGCCAAACAAAUUACCAUAUGGAGACAUUUUAUUAUUUCCUUAUAAUCAGUUUUGUUUAGCAUACAAGGGAUCCUUGGCCAACUACGUUGGUCUGAAGUUCAAGUACCAAGACAGUGGCAAGAUCGUUAGAAGUGCUGAUAUGCAAUUUGAAUAUAACUUUUCGUCUGGAAAUAAGUGGAUCUACACUUGCAUAGAUCUUCUAGAUUUCUUGCAAACCAAAUAUGCUGGGACCAAUUUUUCUCUACAAAGGAUUAGCUUACAAAAAUCAUCAGAAUUCCAGUCCAUCUAUGUGGAUGCAGUGUACAUUGGACAGACACCUACAGUCUCAGCCUUGGGUGAAAUGCCAAAGAGAAGACUUCCAGCAUUAGCAAACAAAGGAAUAUUUCUAAAGUAUUUUCAAGUGAAUAAGACCAAAUUCAAUGGAUCAACUACAGCAAUUCAGUAUUCUAUUACCAUGACUUCACAUAACUGCAGUCACAAUAUACCCAUGAUGGCUGUGAGCUUUGGGCAGAUAACCACAAAUGAGACAAAGAAUGAGUCGGUUUACAGAGGAAAUAAUUGGCCAGGGGACUCAAAGAUUCGUAUUCAAAAGAUUCAUGCAGCUUCUCCACCUAUAAGUGGCAGCUUUGACAUCCAAGCUUAUGGACAUACCCUGAAAGGCAUCCCCGCUGCCGUGUCAGCCUCAGACUUGCAGCUUGCCCUGCAGAGCCUGGAAGAAAUAGGACAAGUCUCAGUAAACAGAGAGGGAACCUGCGCUGGAUACUCAUGGACCAUCAAGUGGAAAAGCCCCUGUGGAAAGCAGCCGCUUCUUCAGAUUAAUGAUUCCAACAUUAUUGGAGAGAAGGCUAACGUGACAGUUACCACAGUAAAGGAAGGUGGCUUAUUUAGACAACGUAUACCUGGAGACAUGCUCCGCACCCCCAGUCAUCAACCACAGGUUGAAGUCUAUGUCAAUGGAAUUCCAGCUAAAUGUUCAGGGGACUGUGGCUUUACAUGGGAUCCCAUGGCUACUCCCCUGAUUUUGACAACAACACCUUCUGAAGGGUCCUAUGCAGAAAACACGAUACUAACCAUAUCGGGCUCUGGAUUUUCUCCCACAUCAGCUGUAUCGGUCUCUGUUGGGUCUACCAGUUGCUCUCUUCUUUCUGUGGAUGAUAAUGAGAUCAAGUGCCAGAUUCUGAAUGGAAGUGCUGGACAUGUACCAGUUGCUGUGUCCAUUGCUGAUGUUGGACUAGCACAGAAUCUAGAGAGUGAGGGAUCCCACUUCAUUUAUCGGAGUCAGAUCUCACAUGUCUGGCCUGAUUCUGGAAGCCUGGCAGGUGGUACUCUGCUGACUGUAGCUGGAUUUGGCUUUAGUGAAAAUUCUACUGUUUUGGUUGGAAAUGAAACCUGCAAUGUGAUUGAAGGAGAUUUGAAUAUGAUAACCUGCCAAACAUCGAAAAGAAUUGAAGGUACAGUUGAUAUUUCUGUUAUUACCAAUGGAAUUCAAGCCACAGCAAAGGAUAUUUUUAGUUACAACUGCUUACAAACACCAGUUAUCACUGAUUUCAACCCUAAAGAACGGGCAAUUUUGGGAAACAUCAAUUUAACAAUUAAGGGUUAUAACUUUGGAAAUGAAAUCAUAGAAAAUAUGGUGUAUGUUGGAGGAAAAGUCUGCCAAGUUCUUCACUCAAACUUCACAGACAUUAGAUGUCUUUUGCCUGAGUUACCUCCAGGGAAACAUGACAUCUAUGUCAAAGUCAGAAACUGGGGCUUGGCAUCAACAAGGAACAAGCUAAAGGCUUCCAUUCGGUACAUUUUGGAAGUUACCCACAUGUUUCCACAGAGAGGCUCUUUGUAUGGUGGCACUGAAAUCAUUAUAAUGGGUUCUGGGUUCAGCACAACACCAACUGAGAAUUCCAUCCUCUUAGGAUCUUUCCCGUGCAAUAUUACAUCAUCAUCAGAAAAUGUCAUCAAAUGUACUCUUCAUUCAACAGGGACUGUAUUCAGAAUUACCAACAAUGGCUCACAUUUCGAGCAUGGACUAGGUUAUGCCUGGUCACCAUCCAUCUUAAAUGUGACUGUGGGUGAUACUGUGGUGUGGCACUGGCAAGCACACCCCUUUCUUAAGACUAUAGGGUACAGAGUCUUCUCAGUCUCCAGCCCUGGAAGUGUGGCUUACGAUGGCAAAGGAUUUACAAAUGGCAGGCAAAAAUCUGCAUCAGGUUCAUUUUCCUACCAGUUUACUUCUCCUGGAAUCCAUUACUACAGCAGCGGAUAUGUUGAUGAGACUCUCUCCACAGCUCUCCAAGGAAUCAUUAAUGUUUUACCAGCUGAAACCAGGCACAUUCCCCUGCACCUGUUUGUGGGAAACACUGAAGCAACAUAUGUUCCAGCAGGCCCAGAGAAUUUGCACUUGGCAAGUACUGCAACAGGCUGCCUAGCAACAGAACCCCUGUGUGGCCUGAAUGACACCAUGGUUAAAAAUUCAAAUAAAUUAUUCUUUGAGCUUUCAAAUUGCAUUUCGCCAUCUAUAAGCAACAUUACUCCCUCUACGGGAACAGUGAAUGAACUCAUAACUAUCAGUGGACAUGGCUUCAGUAAUCUUACAUGUGCUAAUAAGGUUUCAAUUGGUAGCUACCCUUGUGUUGUAGAAGAAAGUAGUGAAAAUACUAUUAUGUGUCAUAUCGAUCCUCAAAACUCAAUGGAUGUUGGCAUCAGAGAAAUUGUUAUUUUGAUUGUCUACAACCUAGGCACUGCUAUCAACACAGUGCCCAAUGAACUUGACAGACGGUUUGUACUUUUGCCAAACAUAGAUAUGGUGUUGCCAAAAGCAGGGUCAACUACAGGAAUGACAAGGGUGACCAUCCAAGGCUCUGGAUUCAUGGUUUCUACUGCUGAUGUAGAAGUCUUUAUGGGAGAUUUCCCAUGUAAAGUUCUAACUGUGAGCUAUACAGCUGUUGAAUGUGAAACUUCUCCUGCUCCCCAACAGCUUGCUCUUGUAGACCUUCUAAUACAUGGAGUACCUGCCCAAUGUCAGGGCAACUGCAGCUUUUCAUAUCUAGAAAACAUUACUCCUUAUGUAACAAGAGUCUUCCCCAACUCUAUCAAAGGAUCAGAAAAUAUCCUUAUUGAAGGAGAGGGUUUUGGGACAGUGUUGGAAGAGAUUUCUGUAUUUGUUGGAAGUCAACAGUUCACAGCAAUAGAAGUUAACCAAAACAACAUUACUGUUCUUAUGACUCCGCUAGCUGCUGGACUUCAUUCUCUCCAUGUUGUGGUUGGGUCUAAGGGCUUGGCUCUGGGAAACCUGACUGUCAGCAGCCCGACAGAAGCUUCUGUGUCACCAAGCUCUGGAAGCAUUGCUGGUGGAACCACUUUGAGGAUCACAGGCAAUGGCUUUUCUCCUGGUAACACCACAGUUACUGUUGGGGAUAACCCUUGUCAAAUUGUCUUCAUCAACUCCAGUGAGGUCUCCUGCAGCACCCCAGCUGGGAGAGCUGGUACAGCCAAUCUGAAGAUCUCUGUUAAUGCAGUCAUUUACCCACAUUUGUCAUUUACGUAUACCAUGGAGGAUACCCCGUUUCUCAAAAGAAUCAUCCCAAAUAGAGGUCCACCAGGAACUGAAGUUGAAAUAAUGGGGUCUAACCUUGGAUUUGAUAUCUCGGAAGUUUCAGUGAUGAUAAAAGACAGUGCGUGUAAUGUGACUACUGUCAAUGACAGUGUGUUACAGUGCAUUGUGGGAGAACAUGCAGGGGGCAUUUUUCCUGUUAUGAUGCUUCACAAGACAAAAGGCUCUGCCCUCUCCUCCAUUGUAUUUGAGUACCCACUUUAUAUUCAGAAUAUUGAUCCAACACAAGGGAGCUUUGGUGGUGGCCAGACCAUGACUGUGACAGGCGCUGGAUUUGAUCCACAGAACUCAGCUAUAUUGGUCUGUGGCUCCGAAUGUGCAGUAGACAAACUUGGAUCUAACACUACAACGCUGUUCUGUGAGAUUCCACCUAAUAAUGGCAGGGGACCUGAUCAAGCCUGUGGAGUGAGUGUGGUCAACGGGAAGGACUCAUCCCAGUUGGCGAUGCUGUUCACAUACACCUUGUCUCUGACUCCACUCAUCACUGACAUAUCUCCCAGGAGGGGCAGCACCAAAGGGGGCACCAGACUUACAGUCACAGGAUCUGGAUUCAGUGAAAACACACAGGAUGUUCGUGUCUCCAUAGCCAAUGACAAAUGUGAUGUCCAGUACUCCAACAAGACAAAUAUCAUCUGCACGACAAGUGCUCAUUCUCCUUCAGGGUGGGCACCAGUUCGUGUUAGCAUCAGAACCAUCGGCAUGGCCAAACUGGAGAACGCUGACUUCUUAUAUGUUGAUGUUUGGUCUGCCAACUCCUCAUGGGGAGGAAACCCCCCACCAGAGGAAGGGUCACUUGCUGUUAUUACAAAAGGACAGAUAAUUCUGCUGGACCAAAGUACUCCUAUUCUGAAAAUGUUACUCAUUCAAGGUGGGACUCUGAUAUUUGAUGAAGCUGAUAUUGAACUCCAGGCAGAAAACAUCCUAAUCACAGAUGGGGGUGUUCUUCAGAUUGGGACAGAAGCAUCCCCAUUUCAGCACCAGGCUGUCAUUACCCUGCAUGGGCAUCUUAGAUCGCCAGAGCUCCCCGUAUACGGAGCUAAAACAUUGGCUGUGCGAGAGGGCACCCUGGAUUUGCACGGUCUGCCCGUUCCUGUGGUCUGGACUCGGUUGGCUCACACUGCAAAGGCAGGAGAAUGGACUUUGAUUGUACAAGAAGCAGUGACAUGGAAGGCAGGGGACAGCAUCGUGAUUGCUAGCACAGGACACAGACACAGUCAAGGAGAGAAUGAGAAACGGACCAUUGCAUCGGUAUCAGUUGAUGGGAUGAACAUAACACUAACUAGGCCACUGAACUACACACACUUAGGAAUUACUGUCACGCUCCCUGAUGGAACUAUGUUUGAAGCAAGGGCAGAGGUUGGAAUUCUUACCAGAAAUAUCUUAAUAAGAGGGUCUGAUAAUGUGGAAUGGAAUGACAAAAUUCCAUCAUGUCCUGAUGGAUUUGACACAGGAGAAUUUGCUACACAGACAUGCCUUCAAGGAAAGUUUGGAGAAGAAAUAGGAAGUGACCAAUUUGGAGGCUGUAUUAUGUUGCAUGCUCCUUUAUCUGGGGCUAACAUGGUAACUGGAAGAAUAGAAUAUGUAGAGGUGUUCCAUGCUGGCCAAGCUUUCCGUUUGGGACGAUACCCAAUACAUUGGCACCUACUUGGAGAUUUACAGUUCAAGUCUUAUGUAAGAGGCUGUGCGAUUCAUCAAGCAUACAACAGAGCUGUUACAAUCCACAAUACACAUCACCUUCUUGUUGAGAGGAAUAUUAUAUAUGAUAUAAAAGGAGGAGCAUUUUUCAUAGAAGAUGGUAUUGAACAUGGCAAUAUUCUACAGUAUAAUUUGGCCAUCUUUGUACAACAAAGUACUAGUCUACUGAAUGAUGACGUGACUCCAGCUGCAUUCUGGGUAACCAACCCUAACAACACCAUACAACACAAUGUGGCUGCUGGUGGCACUCACUUUGGCUUUUGGUACAGAAUGAAUGACCACCCUGAUGGCCCAUCCUAUGACCGAAACAUUUGCCAAAAAAGAGUUCCUCUUGGAGAAUUCUUUAACAAUACUGUUCAUUCUCAAGGGUGGUUUGGACUGUGGAUUUUUGAAGAAUAUUUCCCCAUGCAAACGGGAUCUUGUACUUCUACAGUCCCAGUGCCUGCUAUCUUUAAUUCACUCACUGUCUGGAAUUGCCAAAAAGGAGCUGAAUGGGUCAAUGGAGGGGCCCUGCAGUUCCACAACUUUGUGAUGGUGAAUAAUUAUGAGGCUGGAAUUGAGACCAAGAGGAUCCUGGCUUCUUAUGUUGGGGGAUGGGGAGAAGCCAGUGGAGCUGUGAUUAAAAAUGCCAAAAUUGUUGGUCAUCUUGAUGAACUGGGAAUGGGGCCUGCAUUUUGCACUUCAAAAGGCCUGGUUCUCCCAUUUAGUCAAGGCCUGACUGUGUCAUCUGUGCACUUUAUGAAUUUUGACCGUCACGACUGUGUGGCUUUGGGAGUAACAUCAAUCACUGGGGUUUGUAAUGACAGAUGUGGAGGCUGGAGUACAAAGUUUGUCGACAUCCAGUAUUUUCAUGCACCAAAUAAGGCUGGCUUUCGAUGGGAACAUGAAGCAGUACUGAUUGACGUUGAUGGUUCACUUACAGGGCACAGAGGGCACACUGUCAUUCCACAUAGCUUCCUACUAGACCCUUCACAUUGCACUCAAGAGGCUGCAUGGAGCAUUGGUUUUCCUGGAUCUGUCUGUGAUGCCUCAGUCAGUUUUCACCGUUUAGCAUUCAACAAGCCUACUCCAGUAUCUUUACUUGAAAAAGAUGUGGUUCUCUCAGACUCUUUUGGCACUAGUAUCAUUCCCUUUCAGAAGAAACGGCUAACCCAUAUGUCUGGGUGGAUGGCUCUGAUUCCAAACGCAAAUCACAUUAACUGGUAUUUUAAAGGUGUGGAACACUUAACCAACAUAUCAUACACAUCAACGUUUUAUGGAUUUAAGGAAGAAGACUAUGUCAUUAUAUCACAUAACUUCACUCAAAACCCUGAUGUGUUUAACGUGGUUGAUAUGAGGAAUGGCUCCUCAAACCCACUGAACUGGAAUACUAGCAAGAAUGGAGACUGGCAUCUUGAAGCAAAUACCAGCACUCUCUAUUACUUGGUGUCAGGGAGAAGUGACCUUCCUCAGAGCCAGCCCAUUCCUGGGACACUUGAUCCUGAUGUGAAAGAUGUGAUCAUUAAUUUCCAAGCUUACUGCUGUGUUCUCCAAGACUGCUUUCCUGUUCAUCCACCAUCAAGAAAACCAAUUCCCAGGAAACGACCAGCCACUUACAAUUUAUGGUCAAAUGAGUCUUUUUGGCAAUCAUCCCCAGAGAACAAUUAUACUGUACCCUACCCGGGAGCAAAUGUGGUUAUUCCUGAAGGAUCAUGGAUUGUAGCUGACAUAGAUAUUCCCCCAGUGGAAAAGCUCAUUAUAUGGGGAGUUCUAGAAAUGGAAGACAGAUCUGAGGUGGGAUCUGCAGCCCCUUCUUACAGAAGAGUUGUUUUGAAUGCCACCUACAUAUCAGUGCAGGGAGGUAGAUUAAUUGGUGGCUGGGAAGAUAACCCUUUUAAAGGAGAAUUACAGAUUGUUCUUCGAGGAAAUCAUUCUACCCCAGAAUGGACUUUUCCAGAAGGACCAAAUCAAGGGGCAAAGGUCUUAGGAGUGUUUGGUGAGCUGGACCUGCAUGGACGUCCACAUUCCGUAUAUAAGACUAAACUGUCAGAAACUGCAGAGGCAGGCUCAAGAAUCCUAUCCCUGAUGGAUGCUGUGGAUUGGCAGGAGGGAGAAGAUAUUGUGAUAACUACCACAAGCUAUGAUUUACACCAGACAGAGACUAGAAGGAUUGUGAAAAUUCUGCAUGGGCACAAAAUUCUUGUCCUCAAUGAUAGCCUUUCCUACACUCACCUUGCUGAAAGACAGCAGAUCCUUGAAACUGGCCAGAGCUACACAUUAGCAGCUGAUGUUGGGAUACUGAGUAGGAACAUCAAAAUCGUUGGUGAAGAUUACCCAGCUUGGUCCAAGGACUCUUUUGGUGCCAGGAUCCUGGUUGGCUCAUUCACUGGAAACAUGAUGAUAUUUAAAGGAAGUGCAAGAAUAAGCAAUGUGGAAUUUUAUCACAGUGGUCAAGAAGGCUUCAGGGACAGCACAGAUCCAAGAUAUGCUGUGACAUUUCUUAACCUGGGACAGAUUCAAGAACAUGGUUUGUCCUAUGUCCGAGGCUGUGCGUUUCAUCACGGCUUCUCCCCGGCAAUUGGUGUGUUUGGGACAGAUGGACUGGACAUAGAUGACAACAUCAUCCACUUUACAGUUGGAGAAGGUAUAAGAAUAUGGGGGGAUGCCAACAGAGUACGGGGAAAUUUGGUUACACUUUCAGUUUGGCCAGGAACCUACCAGAACAGAAAAGACUUGAGUUCAACGCUUUGGCAUGCAGCAAUUGAGAUAAACAGAGGGACAAAUACAGUCUUACAAAAUAACGUGGUUGCUGGAUUUGGAAGAGUAGGAUACCGCAUUGAUGGUGAACCAUGCUCAAGUCAGGCUAAUUCCAUAGAAAACUGGUUUGACAAUGAAGCCCAUGGAGGAUUGUAUGGCAUCUACAUGAACCAGGAUGGCCUUCCUGGAUGUUCUCUUAUACAAGGAUUUACCAUUUGGACAUGCUGGGAUUAUGGAAUUUAUUUCCAGACUGCAGAGAGUGUGAACAUCUACAAUGUGACCCUGGUGAACAAUGGGAUGGCCAUUUUCUCAAUGAUCUACAUGCCACCUUCUGUGUCUCACAAGAUUUCUAGUAAAACAGUAACAAUUAAGAACUCAUUAAUUGUUGGAAGUAGCCCUAAAUUUAACUGCUCCGAUGUCCUAACUGAUGACAACCCUAAUGUAGAACUUACCUCUGCACAUCGAAGUUCUAGACCUCCCUCAGGUGGGAGAAGUGGGAUUUGUUGGCCGACAUUUGCUUCAGCUCAUAACAUGGCACCUCGGAAGCCCCAUGCAGGAAUCAUGAGUUACAAUGCAAUCAGUGGCCUUCUGGAUGUCUCAGGUUCAACAUUUGUUGGAUUUAAGGAUGUUUGUUCAGGAGAAACUAAUGUGAUAUUCAUUACUAAUCCUCUAAACGAAGAUCUACAGCAUCCAAUUCAUGUAAAGAAUGUACAACUGGUUGAUACUAUUGAACAAUCUAAAGUAUUUAUACAUAGACCUGACAUAAGUAAAGUGAACCCAUCUGAUUGUGUGGACAUGGUUUGUGAUGCCAAAAGAAAAUCCUUCCUUAGAGACAUGGAUGGUUCCUUUCUGGGGAAUUCUGGGUCAGUGAUCCCUCAAGCAGAGUAUGAGUGGGAUGGAAACAGCCGACUAGGAAUUGGAGAUUAUCGAAUCCCUAAGGCAAUGCUCACAUUCUUGAAUGGAAGUAGAAUUCCUGUCACCGAGAAAGCACCUUAUAAAGGGAUUAUUAGAGACACAACCUGUAAAUACAUCCCAGCAUGGCAGAGCUAUCAGUGUUCUGGACUGGAAUAUGCAAUGAUGGUUAUAGAAAGCCUAGAUUCUGACACAGAAACACGAAGACUUUCCCCAGUGGCCAUCAUGAGCAAUGGUUAUGUUGACCUCAUUAAUGGCCCACAGGACCAUGGCUGGUGUGCUGGUUAUACAUGCCAAAGAAGAUUGUCCCUGUUCCAUGGCAUAGUGGCUCUGAACAAAAUGUAUGAGGUUUACUUCACUGGGACAAGUCCUCAGAAUCUUCGGCUAAUGUUGCUUAAUGUUGAACAUAAUAAGGCAGUUCUAGUAGGAAUUUUUUUUUCCACACUUCAGCGUUUGGAUGUCUAUGUGAACAAUUCACUGGUCUGCCCCAAAAAUACAGCAUGGAAUGCCCAAAAGAAACUCUGUGAACUUCAUAGGCAUCUGAACACAGAGCAAUUCCUUCCUGACUUGGGUUCUGCUAUCCCUGGUGAGAACUACUUUGAUAGAACCUACCAGAUGCUUUACCUUUUGGUUAAAGGUACUACACCCGUGGAAGUCCACACGGCUACAGUCAUCUUUGUUUCUUUCCAACUGCCUGCUGUGACCGAAGAUGAUUUUUUUAGCUCACACAAUCUGGUUAGAAAUCUUGCCUUGUUCCUAAAAAUAUCACAUGACAAAAUCCGUGUCAGCAGGAUAACAGGAGCGAGUCUUCGGAAGAAGAGAUCCAUGGGACGCAUAAUGGAAGUAGAGAUUGGAGCUGCUCCCACUUGGUUCUUUAGCAAUUCUAGCACAGGUCAGAUGCAACUGUCUGAACUCCGGGAAAUUUCUGACUCUCUUGGACGAGCGGUCAUCUUAGGCAAAAUUAGUACUAUCCUUGGAUUCAAUAUCUCUUCCAUGUCCAUUACCAGUCCUAUUCCACAACCGACUGAUUCUGGCUGGGUUAAGGUGACUGCCCAGCCAGUUGAGAGAUCUGUAUUUCCUGUUCACUACAUGGCGUUUGUGUCUUCACUCUCAGUGGUUGCUCAGCCGGUGGCAGCACAGCCAGGACAGCCCUUUCCUCAGCAGCCCUCAGUAAAGGCCAUAGAUCCUGAGGGUAACUGUGUAUCAGUUGGAAUUACAUCACUUACUUUGAGGGCUAUCCUAAAGGACUCCAAUAACAACCAAGUUGGUGGCCUUAGUGGAAAUACAACAAUUCCAUUUAGCAACUGUUGGGCCAACUAUACAGAUCUCACUCCUCACAGAACAGGAAAAAAUUAUAAACUUGAAUUUAUCCUGGAUAAUACUGUCCGGGUAGAAUCGAGAGCUUUCAGCCUGUCAGCACAGACUCUCCCUGGUGGAGGCGGAAGUAGCAGCAGCGGCAGCAGCAGUGGUGGCCACAGCAAAGCAUCCACUGUGGGUACUCCUGUCCGGAUACUGACUGUAGUAACAGGCUGCCUCGUAGGAAGACUGUUGCUCUUGGAAGUAUUUAUGGCUGCCGUUCUCAUCUUGAACCCGACAACAGGUUCUGAUGUCUCCCUCUCUUUACUAGCAUUGCUUGACAGUGCCCUCAAGACGGUGUGUUUUGGUGAGAAGGCCCCUCAGUGUGGUGUUCUUUCAGUCCCCUUGGCAGAUAUCUCUACGAUAUCGGAUGAUGAGGAGAACAUAGAUGUCAGUUUGGGCCCUGGGAAAUCUGUCAAGGAGAAUGUAACUGUCAGGUUGGACCCCAAGAUAUCUGUAAAGGAGAAUAUAGCUGUCAGUUUGGGCCUCGAGAUAUCUGUCAAAUUGGGCCCUGUGAAAUCCGUCUAG